AAACCUCAACAAAGAAGCAGCCUUCUUCCCCCCAUCCUGCUCUGCACGCACGCCGGGCCUCCCCUCCGCCAUGGAUGCCAGCGAGUGCUCCACCUCCCGGCCCCCGCAGCCCUCCCCCGCCUCCGCGUCCUCCCCAGCCUCCGCCUCCGGCGUCUGGGCCAAGCUAGUCCCCGCCGAUCCCGCCUACCCGGAGGUGGAGGUGGCCGAGGACGACGUCGUGGUCUGCUCCCUUGUCGCCCCCGCCGCCGCCGGCGGGGAGGAGGUCGCCUGGUGCGAGAUCAGGCGCAAUGGCGGGGACGCAUCGUCCGCCACCAUUCGGAACCUCAGCUCGGAUGCAAUUAUUGUUGAUGGAACAAUUGUGAAACAAGAAGCUGUUGAUAUUAAACCAGGGAGUGAGAUUGUCUCUGGACCCCAGAAAGAAGGUCAUUUGGUGUAUACCUUUGAAAUUACAGCUGCAAAGGACCAGGACAAAAAUAAUGUAAAGAUAGUACUAGAUAUCGAGAAUGCAAAGUGCAGCAUAUGCUUGAAUUUGUGGCAUGAUGUCGUUACAGUUGCUCCCUGCCUCCACAACUUCUGCAAUGGAUGUUUCUCAGAGUGGUUAAGAAGGUCUUCAUCUAAAUCGCGUGAUAAAAGCCAGUGCGCUGCAUGCCCACAAUGUAGGACAGCAGUUCAAUCAGUUGGAAGGAAUCACUUCCUACAUAAUAUUGAAGAGGCUAUAUUGCAAACUUUUUCAUCGCUACAGAGGUCUGAUGAGGAGAUUGCAUUGCUAGAGUCAUAUGCUUCGGUUAAAUCUAAUAUUGUUUUGGGGAAACAGAAAAAUCAAUCAAGGAAACGGCCUUUUCCACGUUCAACUGAUAAUAUCGACAAUGCGGAUCUGCCAUGUCCUCAAUGUCGUGGCGAAUUUGGUGGAUUUAGAUGCAGUCCAGGAGCUGCACACUUGCAAUGCGAUGGAUGUGGAGGGAUGAUGCCAGCCAGAUCUAAUGUCAAUAUACCACAAAAAUGUUUGGGGUGUGAUAAAGCGUUUUGUGGGGCUUAUUGGUGUUCACAAGGAGUGAAUUCAAGUCAUUUCAAUCUAAUCUGCAACCAGGAAACUUUCAAAAUGAUCUCUCAACGCCAUGUUUCCAGACUUCCUGACACAGUUCAUGGGGGCAACCCUUAUGAAAAAGAUAUUACUGAAAAAUGCAUACAGCAAUCAGGCAAAACAUUGCAAGCUGUAAUCUCUGAGUGGACAUCAAAAUUUGACAACAUGGAAAUUGAUCGCUCAAGGUUGCAAUUGAAUAAUGUGGAUGCAAUUACGUCCAGGACAUAUAUUUGCAACCAUUGCUACAACAAGUUCACCGAUUUCCUGCUGUACUGGUACCGCGUUUCAAUGCCCCGAAAUCUUCUUCCACCUGAUGCUGUCAACAGGGAGAGCUGCUGGUACGGUUUCCUGUGCCGCACCCAGCACCAUCGGCCUGACCACGCAAAGAAGCUGAACCACGUCUGCCGCCCGACCAGAGGGAACCCCUAGCGGCCUAGUUUCACCCCGUUCUACAAGGUCACCUCCCGUUGAUGACGGCCACAUUGUACAGUAAUUCUUCAGAAACUACUGAUGUUUGAGCACAUUUACACAUUUGGCGAUUGAUCAUGUGAAACUGUUUCUGUCAUCAGUUCAUCAUCAUCCA